GGGGCGGGGGGCUCCCGGGGGACGCGGGGCUGGGGGCGAGGGGUCGGGGGUCGCCCCGACGGGGGCGUCCGGGGGGAGGGCAGGCGCAGCUCGGUGGCGUCGGGGGAGGGCUCAGGAGGCCGGGUCGCGCCGUCCAGGCCCCCCUCCCGCCGCGCGCCCGCGCCCGCGCCCGCGCCCCGCCCCGCCGCCGCCGCCCCCGCCCGCACACGCCGCGCAUCGCGCUCGGAGCAGGACGCCAGCCCGCGCCGCUCUCGGGCCCCAGAGCGCGGCCGCCCCACGAUGCCCGCCACGGCGCUGCCCGGUCUCCUGCUGCUGCUGGCCCUCGGCCUGCCAGCACUCGGUGAGACCCCAGACCCCAGCCCGGGACCCUCGGACAUCCUCCCGGACAACGAGACCGGAGUCUGGACCCCCGCGCCCCCAACCCACCCGCAGCCCACUGACAGCCCGCAGCCCAGCAUCGCUGGGAACGAAUGCCAGGAGACCUGCCACCCCCAAAAUGGGGUGUGUGACGAAGACAAUAUCUGCAGGUGCCUGGCUGGCUGGCAGGGCCCCCAGUGUGACCAGUGCGUGACCCGGCCUGGCUGUACCAAUGGCUACUGCUUGGAACCCUGGCAGUGCUUCUGCAAGGAAGGCUGGACUGGCUACCUCUGCACAUCAGAAGAUCUUCCCUGCAACUCAAGCCCCUGUGAAAAUAACAGCACCUGCUCCAACGUCAAGGACGGCCGCUUCUCCUGCGCCUGUCUCCCCGGCUUCUCCGGGAAGCACUGCCAGAAGAAGGAAGGGCUGUGUGAGAUUGACGGCAAUCCCUGCCAGCACGGGGGCACGUGUGUGGACUUUGAGGGUCAUGAGUUCUACCCCACCUGCCUGUGUGCCCCCGGGUACUCGGGGGACUUCUGCGAGAUCCUGACGGUGGACUGUGACCCCAACCCCUGUGAGAACGACGGCGUCUGCACUGACAUCGGAGGGGAUUUCCGUUGCCGCUGCCCCCAGGGCUUUGUGGACAAGACCUGCAGCCGGCCCGUCAACAACUGCGCCACCGAGCCCUGCCAGAACGGGGGCACCUGCCUGCCACACUCCCCGGUCAGCUACGAGUGUCUGUGCCCCGACGGCUACGGGGGCCCCACCUGCGGCGAGAAGCGCCUGGUGAUGCCCCCCGAGGAGGUGACGGAGCUGCUGCCCUACGAGGACUUCAUGGAUCCCGAGCCCUCGCCCACACCCACGCCCCUGCCCACGGGCCAGCCCACCGGGGUCCCCGCCUCGCCAGGCACCGAUGAGGCGGGGGAGCGCCGCAUCCUCAAGGUGGCGGUGAGUGAGCCUGAGCAGAGCCCCCCCGCCAUGUCCGAGGGCCAGGCGGUGUGCUUCACCAUCCUGGGUGUGCUCACCAGCAUGCUGGUGGCCGGGGCGCUCACCCUGCUCUUCCUGCACAAGUGUGGGGGGUGGAUGGCCCGCCUGCGCGCUCACCCCGUGGCCCAGCGCCACCACCACCGCCGCAAGGGGAACCCCCUCUUGCACUGCGGCAGCCGAGAGGACCUCGCAGUCAACAUCAUCCUGCCACCUGAGAAGAUCGACAUGACCACCUUCCGCAGGGAAGGCCUGGAGGAGGAAGAGGCCAUCUAGGCCCCGGCCCCCCACCCCGCCCAGCCCCGCCGGCUCCACGGCCCCUCACCCCGGGGCCCACCCUUCCUCCCUCCCGCGUGCCUGUGGAGCCGGUGACCGCUUUGCUGCCUUCGAUUGUUGUGCACCCCUUCCCAGGGCCCCCGGGCCCCCCCAAACCUCUUUACUCUCUCUUAAUGCAUGAUCUAUAAAGAAAACUAGAAUACUAAGAA